AUUAAUGUAUACCAAAUCCAUGCAUUACGUAUCAGCAUCGCAUGCUAUUGUUUUCACUGACAGCAGUCACUAUGCGUGUAAAUUAUUCAGAUGAGAAGGAUCAAGCAAACUGGCAGCCUUCGAGGUGGGGUUGAUCAUUAACCUGACCACUGGAUUUAUUGUGUACAGUGAUGCUGCGAGAAAGCAUUUCUCUCUCUCUACUCUCUAUGAGGACCUGUGAGAGACCUCUGUCUGUGUCUGACCAACUCAAGCAGCCUGAUCAGAGCUUGACUACAGCCAUCUGACUACAGCAUGCUCACCUGCCAUAGCUCUCAGUCCAGGGUGUCCCAGACAGAAGAGGCCAGAAGGGGUCAGGCCCAGCCCGGCCACUCUUGUCAGAGUACCCUUGACCUGGGAGGCCACCAGCACGUGAGAUGUGACGAGGACCUAUGCGUUUCGGGUGCUGUCAGAGACUUGCAUUGCCCUGUGUGUCUGCAAAUGGCCACAUUCCCUGUGGAGACCAACUGUGGACACCUCUUCUGUGCUCCCUGUCUGAUAUCCUACUGGAAGCAUGGCUCCUGGUUAGACGCCAUCAGCUGCCCUCUCUGUCGACAGAAGGUGAGUAUCCUGUGUCACCUCUUCCCCGAGAGCCGUUCGGACUGCCAACAGCGGGAGGUUCUGGGCCACAUCAAAGACUACAACAAGCGUUAUUCUGGGGCCCCUCGCCGGGUGACAGACUACCUGUACGACAUGCCCUUAUUCCUGCACCUGGCACUGCGUGGCCUGGGCAACAUGGGCGGCCUUGUGUGGCUCUUCCUGCUGAGGGUGGCCGUCUGCUGUUUCGGGGCAGCCAUGUCCCUGGCCUCACCUCUAGAGGGCGCCUCGGGACCCUUCUGCGGAGCACUGGGGCUCCUGGAUGACCUUGUGGUAGUCUUCCUUCUCCUCAUCUGUGUCAUUAAUAUCAAUCAGCGGAUGACGCCAGACGCAACAGCCAGGAAUCGUUCAGCAACACAAGGUGUGCUGACCGACACAUUAUUGUGACACUUUAUGGCCCACGACAAGGACUGUCAGACAGGAUUGUUUACUUCCUAUAAGUUAUUGCUGGAGACAGCUCUAUAUAUUAUAUAUACAUACAGCUAUAUACAGGGCUGUGUUUAGCACAAGUAUAGCACAAUGUGCAUUACGUGUGUUAAGAACACAAUGGGACUUGAGGCUUAAAGACACAGAGUAGACUUGAGGAGUGUAUGUUUACGUAAUUUGAGGGGUUUGUUAUGAAAUAUGUACUCAUAAUAACAUCAUUGAGUAGGACGUUUUAAGAAAUAGUGUGUCGCCAGUGCAUAACUUGAAUGAGUACGCUAAACGCAGAGAAAAUUAACUUGAAGAACGGAGAAGUGGCUGGACUAAAGGUCUAACUUCUUGGUAUUACUCAGUUUUGCUCCUGUAGUUUACAGACUGUGCCUGAGGUUCCCUCAGUGAGAGGUCCUGGAAUAUAGUCAGACUACUGAGGGACCUGUUCAAAUCCAUUGUCAAAACACAGCCCACAAACUAGACUAAACCAUUAAAAUGGGAAUCCUUUGACUUUGAUAAUAUACUGAGUGUAGUACAGUUGUACCUAUUUUAAUCUACAAGUAUUUUGAGUUGGAUCAUACUGUAAUCCUAUCCCUAAGAUGGCACGGUUGAUGUUAAUAACUAAAUGUAUUGUGAUAUUGUAAAUAAGCGGACAUUGACUGUAUCUGUAUGUAUAGUUGUUAUAAAUAAACAAUUUAUUUAUUGUUAA